UUUUUUUGCAGUGGCUGACCACCCAUGGAUCCGAUGGAUUGGCUGGAGAAUAAGGAACUCCUGCAGUUUUUCCGCCGACAUAAAACAGAAAUGUCCUGCAUGGAGAACCCGUGCACCUUUCUCAACCAGCUCAGGGAUCACGACAUGGUGCUAGAGGACCAAUACAAGAGGGUGAGUCGCAUGAAGAGUAAAGAAAACAUGAAGAAAGGUCUUUAUGAAAUUCUGGACUGGUUGGAGAGGAAGCGAUCACAGGACAUCAAAGCGUUCUGGAGCUGCGUCUUCAAGGAGACCAUUUUGAACCAGUACCCCACCCUGCGUCUGCUGCGCAACAGCCUCAUGGACGGGUCGUUCCAGUUUGAAGUGCAACUGCCCGAGAGGGUGCAAACAGAAGAGGAAGAGAAAGGGAAGGCGCUUUCAGAAGAUGAGGAGGAAGAAGAGAAGAAGGCUAACUCUGUGAAAAAGAAGAGAAAACUGUGCGAUGAAGAGGCGGAGCAGGCCGGUCCAUCAGCUCAGUUGACUCCGAAGAAAAAGGCCAAAAAAAUAUUGUUCUCCUCUCCCCUCAAGAAGGGAGAAAAGAGUGACAUUUGGACCUGGCCCAUCUAUAAGCUCCAGCUGCCUGUGACCUGUGGACUCCUAGCGGGGACACUGAGCAGACUCAGACUGUCAAAAGGGGAGAAGUGCAUUUUUGUCGGUAGACAGUGGUUUUCUCCCAGUGAAUUUGAGAGCUUUGCGGGGAAGAAGAGCUCCAAGAACUGGAAGCUGAGCAUUCGAUGUAUGAACACACCGCUGGCAAAACUUAUACAGGAAGGUCACCUGAAAGCAGCAACAUACAGAGGGUGUACACAGACCAAGAAAUCCCUGUUCCCAUCUGAUCACGUAACCACAGUGUCUGAGGGAGAAGAAGAUGAAGACUCUGACUCUGACUCUGACUCUGACCUGGAAGUUUCGUCAAGCAGCAAAGAAAGUUCCACAGCUGUUACAGAUGAAGGAGGAGAUACGGAGGAACCGACUGAGCAGCAGCCAGAAGCCAGCAAUGAUGGUGACAAGAAGGUGUUCAAAGUCACAUGUGGCGCUGUAGCUGGGACCUUACACAGAAAACGAUUUGCAUCAGGGAAUUUAGGAAAGAGUAUUCGUACUGAGACGAGCUGGAUGAGCCCAGUGGAGUUCAUGAAGAAGGGAUCAUGUCAGACAUAUUCCUCCUGGAGAAAAGACAUCAAGUGUGAAGGGGAACCAAUCAGUGACCUAAUAGAGGCAAACAUCUUGAGGAUCCACCCACUGCUGUGUAAUUGCAGACUGUGCAAACCAGAUUGUGAGGACCUGGAGAAUCAGAAAAACGAUGAUGAGUGUUUCCUCUGUAAAACGGAAAAAGAAGAAGAGUUGGUGGUGUGUGAUGGCUGCCCUCGCUCCUUCCACAAGAAAUGUCACCUGCCUCAUGUAGAUGACAAACUUUUAGGGGACAAAAGCCUGUGGAUGUGUACCUUCUGUGUGUACAAAACUGCUAAAGAUCUCUACGGGGAAGAGCUGGAAAGAAAAGAAGCCAUGUCUCGCCAAAUAUCCCAAUGGAUGCUGCAAUGCCAUUAUCUCCUUCUGUGUCUGUGCAGUGCUGAUGAGGAACAAAUAUUUACUACAAACCCAUGCCUCUAUUUGGAACGCUACUCCACUGUGAUCACGACUUCGAUGUGGAUCGGCAAUGUAGCAGAUAAACUCCAGAAGCAAUGCUACCAGACUGUUGGAGAGUUUGUGUCCGACAUCCAGCUCAUUUUCACCAACUGUGCUUCAUACAACAGAGGUAAUGCUGAAUUCCUUGCCAAGGGCAACAGACUGAAGGAGCUAUUUGACAGAGAAUUUAAGAGUGUGUUCAACAUUACUGAACUGAAUGUUAACUGAUAAACAGGGUUUAGUUCUCAAACUCAGUAGCUACUUGGAAAAGGGACUUUACUUUAAUUAAGGCAGACAGUUUAAAUUGCAUACUUUUUGCACAAUUUCAUUUGAAGUGUCAAUAUGUGGAGGACACAUUCCAUGAAAAUAUAAAAAACAAUGUAUACUUAAAGGGCCUACGAAAUGAUAAACAUGAAAUUCUACUGAUUAUAAUAAAUGCUAUUUGUUCUGACGUCACAAGUAGAAAACAGUCCACCAGUAUAC